GUGCUCAAUUAUUGUACCCUAUAGCACUAUAAUGCUGAUCGAUCUCCCUUAAGCAUUUGUCUUUUUAAAUAGGAUAUAUAGCUAGAGAUCGAUAACUAGUUUUGGGAAAUAGACGGGGUCAGGAGCUAGAAGACAGCAAGAUUGAAACAUGGCUCUAGUUCGUGUACAAGAGACCCCUAUAUGGAAGACAUUUUUGGCUUUUGUAGGACCUGGUUUUCUCGUUUGCGUUGCCUAUCUUGAUCCCGGAAACUUGCAGACAGAUUUACAAGCUGGUGCGGACCAUAAAUACGAGUUGCUAUGGAUCGUGCUAGUUGGGCUGACCUUUGCUUUGAUAAUCCAGUCUCGUUCUGCAAAUUUAGGGGUGGCUACAGGAAAGCAUCUUGCUGAGCAUUGCAAGGCAGAGUACCCAACUCCAGUGAAUUACUGCCUGUGGAUACUUGCUGAGGUUGCCGUGAUAGCUUGCGAUCUCCCAGAAGUGAUAGGAACGGCAUUUGCUCUCAACAUACUCCUUAAAAUACCCAUGUGGAGUGGGGUCCUGCUGGCUGGAUUGAAUACUCUUCUCCUCCUUGGACUGCAACGAUAUGGUAUAAGGAAGCUGGAAGUUGUCAUUGGUAUGCUAGUAAUGAUAGUGGGUGGUUGCUUCUUGGCUGUACUGAUACACGCCAGACCUAGUCCAAAGGAGAUCCUGACCGGAAUGUUUGUUCCCAAGUUGAAGCGGAAAGGGGCCACCUCAGAUGCCAUAGCUCUUUUAGGAGCUCUCAUCAUGCCGCACAAUCUUUUUCUUCAUUCAGCAUUGGUCUUAUCAAGAAAAAUCCCUCGCACAUAUGAUGACAUCAGGCGUGCAAGCAAGCACUUUUUGAUAGAAAGCGGGCUAGCGUUGUUUCUAUCGUUCAUCAUCAAUGUGGCAAUCGUAUCUGUUACUGGUAGCAUUUGCUCCGAUCCAAAUAUCUCUUUAGAAAACAGGGCUCAUUGCAAGAAUAUCACUCUGAAUUCUGCCGCUUUCUUGUUUAAGAAUGCCCUUGGCAACUGGAGUUCGAAGUUAUAUGCCAUAUCCUUGCUUGCUUCUGGUCAGAGUUCAACUGUUGCAGGAACCUAUGCUGGCCAGUACAUUAUGCAGGGUUUCUUAGAUUUGAAGAUGAAGCUCUGGUUGAGAAACUUACUGACUAGGUGCAUAGCCAUCGCUCCAGGUUUAGUGGCAUGCAUCCUAGGCGGAUCUCGGGGAGCUGCAAAACUUAUCAUUGUUGCUUCUAUGAUCUUAUCAUUCGAGCUGCCGUUCGCAUUGGUUCCUCUCCUCAGGUUCACCAGCAGUGAAGCCAAGAUGGGUCUCCACAAGAACCCAACAGUAAUAAAUCUUGUCUCAUGGCUACUGUGCUGUUGCUUGAUUGGGAUCAACCUAUAUUUCUUGAGUACGACUUUGAUCGGAUGGAUAAUGAUGAGUAACCAGAUGCCGAAGAUCGGAUCGAUCCUCACAGGAGUACUAGCUUUUAUAACAAUGUUGCUUUACGUAUCCUUGUUGACAUACUUGAUAUUGAAAAGAGAGAAAUCUGCUGCAAGCAGCCCCACUGACGUGGCGAUGGAAAGAAUUAACAGAACCAGUGGAUCCAGGGACGAGAGGGGUUCAGAUUUGAGAAGCAACGUCCAGAGAACCAAUGAGUUUGAGUCGGAUCACAUUAUCCGUGUAUAAUCCUAGUUUACAAGGCUUUCUGAAUAAAUUCCUUACAUUCUCUCGUUUUGCCCUUGUAGCACAUAAAUAAAUUCCUUAUGGUGUUGUGAUCUUUAA